CUCGCAAAAACGACGAAACUAAUCUCACUUCUUUCUCUUUCUCUGAUUUGUUGUUUCGUCUUGAGCCAACCGACCAGACUUUGUGUCGGAGAGAAUUAAAAGAGGAGGCGGCGGCGAGAGAGGAGGGAGGCCGGGAUUGAUGUCGGGUUCGGCGGCGGCGGCAUCAUGCCCGGCGCCGAUGAAGGCGACGUCGAACGGGGCGUGGCAGGGGGACGACCCGCUGCACUUUGCGCUGCCGCUGAUCAUCCUGCAGAUCUGCCUGGUGGUCGUGCUCACCCGCGUCCUCGCCUUCCUCCUCCGCCCCCUCCGCCAGCCCCGCGUCGUCGCUGAGAUCAUCGGCGGGAUCCUGCUGGGGCCGUCGGCGCUGGGGCGGAGCAGCAGGUUCAUGAAGGCGGUGUUCCCGAAGCAGAGCCUGACGGUGCUGGACACGGUGGCGAACAUCGGGCUGCUAUUCUUCCUGUUCCUGGUGGGGCUGGAGCUGGACCUGCGGGCGAUCCGCCGCACGGGGAAGAGCGCGCUGGCCAUCGCGCUGGCGGGCAUCUCCCUGCCCUUCGUGCUCCGCGCCACCGUCGUCAAGGGCGCCCGCCAGGGGCCCUUCCUCGUCUUCAUGGGCGUCGCCCUCUCCAUCACCGCCUUCCCCGUCCUCGCCCGCAUCCUCGCCGAGCUCAAGCUCCUCACCACCGACAUCGGCGGCGUCGCCAUGUCCGCCGCCGCCGUCAACGACGUCGUCGCCUGGGUCCUCCUCGCCCUCGCCGUCGCCCUCUCCGGCUCCGGCUCCCCCCUCGUCGCGCUCUGGGUCCUCCUCACCGCCGCCGCCUUCAUCGCCGCCCUCGCGCUCCUCCUCCGCCCCGCGCUCGCCUGGAUGGCCCGCCGCUCCCCCGAGGGCGAGCCCGUCAGGGAGCUCUACAUCUGCGCCACCCUCUCCGCCGUGCUCGCCGCGGGCUUCGUCACGGACGCCAUCGGCAUCAACGCGCUCUUCGGCGCCUUCGUCGUCGGCAUCAUCGUCCCCAAGGACGGGCCCUUCGCCGGCGUGCUCAUCGAGAAGGUGGAGGACCUCGUCUCCGGCCUCUUCCUCCCGCUCUACUUCGUGUCCAGCGGCCUCAAGACCGACGUGGCCACCAUCCGCGGCGCCAGGUCCUGGGGGCUGCUCGCGCUCGUCGUCGCCAACGCCUGCCUCGGCAAGAUCGGCGGCACCUUCCUGGCCGCCCGGCUCGCGCGCGUGCCGGCGCGCGAGUCCCUCACGCUGGGCUUCCUCAUGAACACCAAGGGCCUCGUCGAGCUCAUCGUGCUCAACAUCGGCCUCGACCGCAAGGUGCUCAACGACGAGUCCUUCGCCAUCCUCGUCCUCAUGGCGCUCGUCACCACCUUCCUCACCACCCCGGUCGUCAUGGCCAUCUACAAGCCCGCGCGCCGCGCCGCGCCCUACAAGCACCGCGCCGUCGACCGCGCCGACGCCGGGAGCGAGCUGCGGGUGCUGGCCUGCUUCCACACCAGCCGCAACAUCCCCACCAUCAUCAACGUCGUCGAGUCGUCGCGGGGGACGCGCCGCCGCGGGCUGACGGUCUACGCCGUGCACCUGGUGGAGCUGUCGGAGCGGUCGUCGGCGAUAUCGAUGGUGCAGCGGGCGCGGCGCAACGGCGUGCCCGUGCCCGCCAGCGGCGGCAAGGGCGGGGAGGUGGUGCAGGUGGCGUUCGAGGCGUACGGGCGGCUGAGCUCGGUCUCGGUGCGGCCGAUGACGGCCAUCUCGGACCUCGCCACCAUCCACCGGGACAUCAUCGACAGCGCGCUGCGCAAGCGCGCCGCGCUCCUCCUGCUGCCCUUCCACAAGACGCUGCAGCUCGACGGCUCCCUCGAGUCCCUCGGCCACGCCUACCGCCUCGUCAACAAGCGCGUCCUCCGCGCCGCGCCCUGCUCCGUCGCCCUCCUCGUCGACCGCGGCCUCGGCGGCGCCGCGCAGGUCCCCUCCAGAGACGUCGUCUUCUCCGUCGCCGCGCUCUUCUUCGGCGGGCCCGACGACCGCGAGGCCCUCGCCCUCGCCGCGCGCAUGGCCGAGCACCCCGGCAUCGCCGUCACCCUCGCCCGCUUCGCCCGUGCCGCGCGCGUAGACUCCGACGAAGCCGACCGCGCCACCGACGACGCGGCCGUCGAGGCGUUCAAGGCGAAAGCAUCGAAGGCGAGGCCCGACGGCGCGUCCGUCAGCUACGAGGAGAAGGCCUCGGCCGGGAGGGCUGAGGUGCUGGCGGCGAUUAGGGAGAUGGGCAGGUUCAACCUCUUCCUGGUGGGCCGGUCGCCGCCCGCGGAGCCACUACUCGAGAGGGCAGACUGCCCGGAGCUGGGGCCCAUCGGAAGCUACCUGGCGUCGUCAGAGUUCACGUCCACCACGACGUCGGUGCUCGUCAUCCAGCGCUACGAUCCGAGCCGGGAUCAGUCGGAGCUGUCGGAAGAGUUAGCGGCCGCCGAAGAGGAGACCGGCAGCAACGCCGUCGUGCCGAUGGCGUCUCCUGACGUAACCGAGUUGGAGUGACACACCCAAAAAAAGAAAAGUUGAAAAAAAUGUGGAUUAGAACACGACGAUCGAUGUAUGCCGAUUUAAUUGUUACACAUUGAACGGUGAGAAGUUUACGUGUAUGUUGCCUUGCCCUUUAUCCGAUCCGGAUCCGGGUUGAAUAAGAAGCAUCAUCAUGCAUGUGUACAGAGCAGACGAUGGAAAUAUAUAUGGACAGUGUCAUUGUAUGCUUCCAUUAAA